AUGCCCACGUGUCUACUCCUCACCGUCUGGUUCCUCCUGUGUAUCCCCGGUUCGCUUCACCUAGUUCGAGCUCAAAACCUUACCGGAGCCACUACUGAUCCUGACGAAGCGGAAGCUUUGAACUCCAUCUUCGCGGCUUGGAAGAUCCGGGCGCUGAGGGAAUGGAACACAAGUGCCGAUCUUUGCUCGGGCGCUGCCAUCGACGAAAACAUCCAAAUUGACGACCCAGCCUACAACCCUUUUAUCAAAUGCGACUGCACAUUCGAGAACUUCACAAUCUGCCGUAUCACGGCAUUAAAGGUGUUUGCGAAAGAUGCUGUAGGGCCUAUACCUCCACAGCUCUGGACUUUGAUAUACCUAGAAAAUCUGAACUUGGCUCAAAAUUAUCUUUAUGGCUCCAUUUCUCCUGCAAUUGGAAAUUUGACUCGAAUGGAAUGGCUGACUUUUGGGAUCAAUGCCUUAUCUGGCCCCUUUCCCAAGGAAAUUGGUUUGCUUACAAACUUGAAAUCUCUUGGUUUUGGUGUGAAUAAGUUUUCCGGUUCUAUACCAGCUGAGAUUGGGAACUGUACAAAACUAAUGAAAAUAUAUCUCGGAAAUUUUGAGCUUAAAGGGGGAUUACCUUUAUCAUUUGCUAAUCUUGUAGAGCUUACAGACCUUUGGAUUGUCGAUCUGGACGUUACUGGUCGGAUACCAGACUUUAUAGGAUCAUGGACCAAACUUCUUACCUUGAGAAUUCACGGUACUGGCUGGAGUGGUCCAAUACCGUCUUCAUUUUCCAACUUAACUUCCUUACAAGAACUGAGGCUUGGUGAUUUAUCCGGUGGAAGCUCUUCUCUUGACUUCAUAAAAGACAUGAAAUCUUUAACUAUAUUAGUAUUGAGGAACAACAAUCUCACUGGUACCAUACCUUCUGACAUCGGGGAACACUCAAAUCUGCUACAAGUUGAUUUGAGCUUCAACAAACUACAUGGACCAAUUCCUGCUUCGCUUUUCAACUUAAACAACCUCACUCACUUGUACCUGGGAAACAACACGUUGAACGGUUCUUUGCCUACUCAAAAGAGCCAGACUUUGAGCGAUAUAGAUGUUUCAUACAAUGAUUUGUCUGGUAGCCUUCCUUCAUGGAUCAGCUUACCAAACUUGAAACUCAACCUUGUUGCUAACAAUUUCACCUUGAAAGGUCCUGACAAGAGGGUUUUACAAGGAUUGAAGUGCCUGCAAAAGGAUUUCCCUUGCAAUCGAGGCAAAGGAAUCUAUUCUGACUUUUCAAUCAACUGCGGAGGGCCACAAAUGCGAUCCUUUAGAGGAGAAGUUUUUGAGAAGGAGGACGAGGAUCUCGGAACAGCUUCAUUUGUCGUGAGUGAUGUUCAGAGAUGGGCAGUCAGUAGUGUCGGAUUUUAUGCCGAGGCUAGUAACAAUGUAUGGAUUAUCAACACUUUGAACGCGGAGCUUUACAAGUCAGCAAGACAUUCAUCAUCGUCUCUGCGGUAUUAUGGGUUGGGGCUAGAAAAUGGAGGCUAUACAGUAACACUUCAGUUUGCUGAAAUAGUUAUUACUGAUCCUUACUCUUGGAAAGGUUUAGGAACACGCCGUUUUGACAUCUUUGUCCAGGGAAGACUUGUUGAAAGGGAUUUUGAUAUACGCAAAACAGCUGGUGGAACUACUAUCCAAGCUGUUGAAAGAAAAUAUAAAACAAAUGUAUCAGAAAAUUACCUUGAAAUUCAUCUUUUCUGGGCUGGCAAAGGAACAGCCGGUGUUCCUAUUAUGGGUACGUAUGGGCCAUUAGUAUCGGCCGUCAGUGCAAAACCAGACUUUACACCAACUGUGAGUAAUAUGCCACCAAGAAAAAGUAUAGCACCGGCCAGUACUUUUGUGGUUGCUAUUGUUGGCCUGGGACUUUUAAGCAUCUUUGCGGGUGUGGUUAUCUUCAUGAUCCGGAAAAAAAAUAAGCGUUACACAGAUGAUGAAGAGCUGCUUAGUAUGGACAUAAAGCCUUACACUUUUUCUUACUCUGAACUUAAAAAUGCCACUCAAGAUUUCAAUCCCUCAAGCAAGCUUGGAGAAGGAGGAUUCGGGUCUGUUUAUAAGGGAAAGCUAAAUGAUGGGAGAGAGAUAGCGGUGAAAGUGCUGUCGGUUGGAUCCCAACACGGGAAAGGACAAUUUGUUGCAGAAAUUGUAGCAAUUUCUGCAGUUAUGCAUCGCAACCUAGUACAACUUUACGGUUGCUGCUAUGAAGGAGAUCACCGUUUGCUCGUAUAUGAGUAUUUGCCAAAUGGAAGUCUCGACCAGGCACUAUUUGGAGGUGAUAAGACUUUACAUCUUGAUUGGUCAACACGUUUUGAGAUAUGCAUGGGAGUAGCCAGAGGUCUAGCCUACCUCCACGAGGAGGCGAGUGUUCGCAUAGUACACAGGGAUGUGAAGGCGAGCAACAUUUUGCUUGACUCUAAUCUGGUCCCCAAAGUUUCUGAUUUUGGGCUUGCAAAGCUAUACGAUGAUAAGAAAACCCACAUAAGUACCCGAGUCGCAGGGACCAUUGGAUAUCUUGCGCCAGAGUAUGCCAUGCGUGGACACCUAACAGAGAAAGCAGAUGUGUAUGCCUUUGGUAUUGUGGCUCUUGAGCUGGUGAGUGGAAGAAAAAACUCUGAUGUGAACCUGGAGAAUGAGAAAAAAUAUCUUCUUCAAUGGGCAUGGAAUCUACACCAGGAUGGCCGAGAAGCUGAACUAAUUGAUCAUGAGCUGACUGAAUUCAACAUGGAAGAAGUGAAACGAGUGAUAGGAAUUGCUCUGCUAUGCACAUAUUCAUCUCAUUCUUUGAGACCACCAAUGUCAAGAGUGGUGGCUAUGCUUUCAGGAGACGUUGAGGUCAGUAAGGUAACCUCACAGCUAGGCUACCUAACUGACUGGAGAUUUGAUGAAAGCUCAAGCUCCUCUUUCAGUGCUUUGCAAGCUAAAGACACAGGCAGUUCUGAAUCUUUCUCUACGGGCUUUGUGACACCCAAAGACGGCAACUUUAAGCAACUUGGAGUAAGAAUCAAGGAGGGGAGAUGAUAAUGUCUCAUCUAUAUAUCAUGUCUAUAUAUAUAUAGACCUUUGUGGGAGAUGAACAUGUCUCCUCUGUCUAUGACUUAUUUGGUUGGAGAGACAUAUUUCACUCUGAAUCAAUAUUGUGUUAAGCAGUAAGCACUUUAUAAUGAGUUUGUCCCCUGUUGAAACUGAAUAGUCUAUUUUAUGAUUCGUCAUGAUGAGAAUAUAUGUAUAUGCUAUAUAAACUUCUACACAGUUUUCUUUACAUCAAAAAAUU